GUUGAUGAUGACAGAGAGGAAAUGGCGCCAUAAAGAAAGCUUUAAAUCCUGACUUUUGCUUUCGCUCCCUCUCUCUCUCUCUCUCUCUCCAAGGUGGAAAAUUUGUCACCAAGCACUCCUUUUCAAUUUCUUAUAUAACUUUCCCCAAGUUCCGUUGAUUAGUUCUCAAGUUUCAUAGCUCUUUCUUAGUCUUUUUCGGCGAAAUUCGGCACCGAAAAGCUUCUCACAAAGCCUUUUCCUUCGGCCAUGAUUCCACUGGAGCAUUAAAUUGCUAUUCUCUACCUACUCGAUCGAACCCUUUCCCAAUUCUCAUCUCUCAACCCCGCAUUCGAACUGUCUCUCGCAUUCGCAUUCGCAUUCGCAUUCGAUCUCUCUCUCCUUAACUCCACGGAUUUCUUAUUAAAUCCACAAUUCUAAGACUUUUCUGAUCAUAGAUUUCUCUAAUUUGAUCCAAAACUAGCCUUUUGUUUCGUUAAUUCUGUUUAUUAGCUGCGUUUUGUCCCAUCUCAUGUUCUAUUUCAAAUCUCUGUAUCGAUUGUCUGUUAAUUUCUUCUCAAAUCCGUCUAAUUUUCUUCAUUCUGACAUUUUCUUUAUAAAUUGCUUCAACUGUCUCCGAUUUCGCCUAAAAAUUUUGAAAUUGUCAUCAUUAGUCCUUUCCAUCGACCUCACUAACCGUAAAUUAUGGCGGAUCGGUUUAGAUUCAGUUCGGUUGAGGACUUACCAUCACAUUUGAUUUUUGAAAUCCUGAUCUCGGGUAGAUUGAGCGCGGUUGAUCUGGUUUGUUUAGAGCUGACUUCACGCACUUUUGGAGGGAGUCAUGGGUUGUUUCCUCAAAAGUUUAGGUCUUUGGUGGAUUUUGCGGCAUAUCAGCUUUGUGGGUCUCAUCCUAUAUACGCUUCCAUGCAUUUCAACGCUCAGAAAGAGCUUUUCAAUAGGUGUGGUGUGAAUUGGAAGCGGGUUUUGAGGUUCUUGCAAUCGGUGGAGCAGUCCUCUGAUAUGGUUGAAACAUCAGCAGGCAAUCAGAUGCAAAUUAGGAGCGGAAGAUAUCACACAUUGCUGAUCAAUGAGUCAGCAGUCUACUCAUGUGGUUCCAGUUUAUGUGGUGUUCUGGGUCAUGGUCCUGAAACAACGCAAUGUGCAGCAUUUACACGAAUCAAUUUCCCAUCUCCUGCACAAGUGAUCCAUGUCUCGGCCUCCCAUAAUCAUGCUGCUUUUGUCAUGCAGUCUGGAGAGGUUUUCACAUGUGGAGAUAAUUCAUCCUUCUGCUGUGGGCACAGAGAUACAGGUCGUCCCAUAUUCAAGCCUAGGCUUGUUGAAGCAUUGAAGGGAGUUUCUUGCAAGCAGGUUGCAGCAGGGCUUAGUUUCAGCAUUUUUCUCACAAGACAAGGCCAUGUCUAUACAUGUGGAACCAACACACAUGGCCAGCUUGGCCACGGUGACACACUGGAUAGAUCGACACCCAAAAUUGUGGAUCUACUUGACCAUAUUGGUUCAGUAGUCCAUAUUGCUGCUGGUCCAAGUUAUGCCCUAUCUGUGACUGAGGAUGGGACAGUUUACUCUUUUGGGUCAGGCUCCAAUUUUUGUCUUGGCCAUGGAGAACAGCAAAAUGAGCUUCAGCCACGUGCAAUGCAAUCAUUUAGGAGAAAGGGUAUUCACGUGUUACGUGUGUCGGCUGGUGAUGAGCAUGCGGUGGCACUUGACUCUAGUGGAUUGGUGUAUACCUGGGGCAAAGGUUACUGUGGUGCAUUGGGUCAUGGAGAUGAGAUUGAUAAGACUACUCCAGCAUUCUUGAGCAGCCUUAAGAGCAACUUGGCUGUGCAGGUAUGUGCAAGUAAGAGGAAGACCUUUGUUUUGGUGGAUGAUGGUUCUGUUUAUGGCUUUGGCUGGAUGGGGUUUGGUAGCCUUGGGUUUGCAUCUAACAAAGUCAUGAGGCCCCGAGUCCUUGAUAGCUUAAGGUCUCACCACAUUUCUCAAGUAAGCACAGGCCUCUACCACACUGUUGUAGUCACUAAUCGGGGACAAAUCUUUGGUUUCGGAGACAAUGAAAGAGCACAACUUGGGCAUGAAACAUUGAGAGGAUGCCUUGAACCAACUGAAAUUUUCAUUCAAUAAAUGACGAAUGCUUAAGGUCUUCUAUCAGAAAGUGGUUGACUUUGGGGGUCCUGACCUUAUUCGAUCGAUUUCAGAGGUCUGAAGUAUAAGGAAAAGCGAUCUCCCCCAUCAGUCAGACAUACGAUUAUUAGAGAUUUAAGAUUCCUGUCGUAAAUCAAUGUUGUAUUAGGAGAUUGCGCAUGCAUCACGUAAUAACUUCACGCAUGUGGCAUUGGUAUGACUUCAAGUACAUGAUGGGUUGAACUAGUCGUCACUUUGAAGGUGGGAAAUUUAUGUCGUGUACCGUUUGUUAUAAGCAUCUUGGUAGCUGUUACUUGAGUCGGUAUUAUGCUGAGCCGUUCCUACCCACGACUCAUGGCCCGAGUCACAUUUACAUGUUGGUUCUUCCACAAAUACGAGGUAAUAAACUAGCCGUGCAGGGUUUCAGGAUGCUCGUGUGGAAGGGUGUCAACUCUGAUCACUU